CUAGGGUUUUAACACAGAGCACACCAUUUUCUAAAUUCAUCCGCAAACCCUAAAAUCAGCAGCCCUAGAACAAUGUCAGAGAGAGGCGGCGGCGGAGAAAGGGGCGGUUUCGGGCGCGGCUUCGGCGGCGGAGACAGAGGCGGCCGCGGACGCGGCGGUGACAGAGGUGGCCGGGGACGCGGCGGCCGCCGUCCUCGCCGUGAAACGGAGGAGGAGAAGUGGGUGCCGGUGACGAAGCUCGGCCGUUUGGUGAGGGACGGGAAAAUCAAGUCAAUUGAGCAAAUAUACCUCCACUCUCUCCCAAUCAAGGAGUAUCAAAUCAUCGAUACCCUAAUCGGACCCUCCCUGAAGGACGAGGUGAUGAAAAUCAUGCCGGUCCAGAAGCAGACACGUGCCGGUCAGAGGACCCGGUUCAAGGCGUUCGUCGUCGUCGGUGACGGAAACGGCCACGUAGGAUUGGGGGUGAAGUGCUCCAAGGAGGUGGCUACCGCCAUACGUGGCGCCAUCAUAUUGGCCAAGCUGUCUGUGAUUCCGGUUAGGAGAGGGUACUGGGGUAAUAAGAUUGGGAAACCCCACACUGUGCCGUGCAAGGUUACCGGGAAAUGUGGAUCUGUUACGGUGAGGAUGGUCCCUGCACCACGUGGUGCCGGAAUUGUGGCGGCGCGUGUGCCGAAGAAGGUGCUCCAGUUUGCCGGUAUUGAGGAUGUUUUCACCUCCUCCCGUGGCUCCACCAAGACCCUUGGAAACUUUGUCAAGGCAACGUUUGAAUGUCUUUUGAAGACUUACGGUUUCCUUACACCAGACUUCUGGAAAGAAACAAGGUUCUCGAAAUCCCCGUUCCAAGAAUACACCGACCUCUUGGCAAAGCCCACCGCCAAGAUUGUUCAUGUCGUGGAUGAGACAGAAGCCUAAGCAAAUCAGCAUGAGUUUGUUUUUUUUGUUAGCUUUUUAUAUGAUAUAGAUUAUUACCUAGUUCAAAAAUUUUGUACCUUGUCUGAUGGAUAUGCUCUUAAAAUAUCGACUCUCGUUGCACCGACGUUUUUUUUUAUUCGAAUUGGGUUGAAAUAUUUUUUCUUUUCUAUCUGGUUGUUUUUAAUGGGAGGUUUGAAUUUGGUGCCUUUGAUUUCUUGAUAAUUUUCUACCUAUGAAUCAAAUUGAAUGAUUGA